AUGCUUGUGUUGAAACAAAUUGCUGGAGAAUACAAGUGUCUAAGUCUUUCUUUAGCUGUCUAUCUAGUGGCAACCAUAAACCUUCUGACAGAAUUCAAAAAAGUUACUUGGGAACAUAUCCCAAGAGAAGAAAACUUUGCAGCCAAUGAAUUGGCUCAAGUAGCAACAGGUAUACAAAUGCUUGAAAACUGUGUGCAAAGGAUCAUCAAGGUAGGAAAGAAAAGUCUACCAUCUUUUCUGACCAGAGGAAUGGAGAUAGAUGUCAAUUCUGCCAUAAUCACUGAAGAUGAUUGGAGAAAUCCCAUCAUAAAUUACUUGCAGUAUCCAACCUUGCCUUCUAAGAAAAGAGUCAGAAUCAUGGCUUUGAAUUACCUUAUGUGGAAUGGAGAUUUGGUUCGAAAAAGCAAGGAUGAGGUACUUCUAAGGUGCUUAGGAAAGAAGGAAUACAUGAAGAUCAUGAGAGAAACACAUGAAGGAAUCUGUGGAGCUCAUCAAGUUGGAAGAAAAAUGUGCUGGUUAAUUAGAAGGUAUGACUACUUCUGGCCAACCAUGAUGAAGGAUUGCAUUAACUAUUCCAAAGGAUGUGAGGCUUGUCAAAGGCAUGACCCAAUCCAGCAGGGUCCUUCAGUUCCCACGAAUCCAGUAGUAAAACCAUGGCCAUUCAUAGGAUGGGCAGUGGAUCUCAUUGGAAAGAUUUAUCUAGCUAGUAGCGAACAACACUGCUUCAUCAUUGUAGCAAUAUAUUAUUUCUCCAAAUAG